AUGACCACAAAAACUGCUAGAAUCGAAACUUCUAUAAAUCGAGAGGAGGACGUUUUUCUUUAUUUAUGGAAGGCACACAAUUUAGUCAAUUCCAGACUUCAUGGUAGAGAGACGGAAGACCCCAAAUUUCCAAAAUACCAAUUUCCCCCUCACUUUCUUUGUCAUGAAUGUCGGAGGGAAGUAAAUAAAGAAUUUGAUGAGGAUAAAAUUAAAAAUUUUCUUCUCUUGUAUUAUUCCGAUAUUAGACCGAUUGGAAGGAAGGGAGUAGAGGAGGAGGAUGUUGAGGAACUUGAAGAUAAGGAAGUGGGAGAGUAA